UAAUAAAUAAAUUUAUUUCAAGAAAUAGUUUAAUUUGCUUAUUUGAAAUAUAGAAGAAGUAUAAAAAAACGAAGGCUGAAAUUUUAGAAUUAUUUGUCAUAAAACUUCUCUGAGAACCCGGAUUAUAACUAUCAGUUACAACCGGUGUAGGUUACAACCGAUAACCGGUUAUAACCACUGUACAAUAAUUCAAGUAGAAAAAAAACAUCGAUUAACUUCACCAUUGCUAACAACAAACGUUAAGAGUGAUACAAUCACAGCACCAGCAUCAGAUCCAAGUGAUAUCAAUCAAAAUCAUGAAGAACAACAACUGUUUAAUGAGAAAAAAACAUCUAUCGUAUGGAAUCAUGCAAUCAAAAUAAGUUCACAACUAGCAUCGUAUAAUGAAUGUGGAAAAGUAAUAUCUACAUCGGGUGGAAGUACAUCGACAUUAAGUUAUCAUUUAAUGUCUAAACAUCGUAUAUUAGAUGCAAGUGUACCAUCAAUAUCAUUACAUCGAAAAAGAGGUAUUUUACCACCACCAGAAAAAAGACGAUUGAAUCUGCUUUCAAUAAAGUGUAUAAUUGAAGAUUCAAGAACAUUUUCUGAUUUAAAUAAACCUGGAACACAAAAGUUAUUUGAUGCUUUACUGCUUACUGCCGGGUCUUGUAACAAACUGUCACCAACAACGACAGUUGUUUUAAUAUUUGACUUUGAUUUAAGUGAUGAUUGA